GUAGAAAAGGAACAGGUUAUUUGCCGAACGAACCGUGAAGAUAACGGUAAAAAAAAUCCCAGAUAAAAUGUUGGAAUGCAGAAAAAGGACAUUUAGGACGUUGCUGCAUGCCUUGCUUGCUUUCCUACUCCUACAAGCACUGAUCAACCCUGCCGACGCUGCGGCGAAAUGUCACAAAUGCACCGGAAUCAAUUGUCAACGUACGACGUUCGCGGCGACAGAGGAUUGCCUCGAUGCGCUGGACAGUUGUGUGAGCGUCUUUGAUGGAUCUACCGUACUCGCACAAGGUUGCCUAGGGCAGCUGACAUCUGAGUUGCGCAACAAAUGUGAAGUGUCAACAACCGAGUCAGCUGACCCCGACGAAAUAGCUACUGAUGAUGGUGAAGCCCUGCCGACAACAAAUCAACAAUGUUACCAGUGUCGUGAAGAUUUGUGUAACAAUGUGAGCGCCGAUGGUUUCGAGUGUGUACAAUGUGACUCAGAUGUGGAUGGGAAAUGUGCUAGCGAUACUGAAGGUUUACCAACCGAAAAAUGCCCAAUUGGAAAGGCAGUCAACUCUUACUGCUAUGCAAAGCUGGCGGGCAAACAUGCCACACGUGGUUGUGCUGUGGAUUUAGUACAACAAAAGGAAUGUUUAAAUAGCAAUGACUGUGUACUUUGUACGCCCACCGAUAUUGCUGGCUGUAAUCGGGAGCCAAAAGUGGCUGCCGGUGAUGGCGGAAGUGGUGGCUCUGACUCUGGCACAGGUGGUGAUGGUGAUUCGAAUUCCGGUGGCAGUGGCAGCUCCGAUUCUGGCUCAGGUGGCGGUGGUGGUUCGAAUUCCGGUGACAGUGGCAGCUCCGAUUCUGGCACUGGCGGCGGAGGUUCGAAUUCCGGUGGAAGCGUUGGCUCAGACUCUGGCGCAGGUGGUGGUGGUGGUUCGAAUUCAGGUGGUAACGGCGGUUCAGACUCUAGCGCAGGUGGGGGUGGUUCGAAUUCCGGUGGAAGCGGUGGCUCAGACUCUGGCGCAGGUGGUGGUGGCUCGAACUCCGGUGGAAGCGGCGGCUCAGACUCUGGAACAGGUGGCGCUGGUUCGAACACUGGUGGUGAUAAUAGCGGCACAGAUAACGGCAAUGGUGGUGCAAAUAAUGGUACAGAUUCUGGAUCAGGUAAUGAUACUUCUGAUUCUGGCAAUAAUAACAACACCAGCGGUGCCAUCGACGUGUCCAGUAAGCUCGCGAUAACGGCUAUCCUAUUCAUGUUGUCAUACUUUAUAUAGAACAAAUAAGAGUCGUUGCAUAGCCUUAAGUUUCAAGUAUUGUAAUGUAGAAUUAAAGCAAUGUACAUAUGUAUGUAUGUAAGACGUUAAAAAAAAUAUUGAAAAAUA